CUCACACACAAACACGCACACACACACACACACACGCGCAGGAUAUUACUCAUCUUAUUCGGUUUUAUUUAAGAAAUUAAAAUGUAUAGAUUUGGUCAGUGAUAGCCCGUCAAUAGGCGCGCGCGCGGUUGGAGGGGUCGCGAGCAUUCCUUCCGGCUGAAAGGGAAAAUGCCGGGUAUGUUUUGUAAAUCGUUCAAGAGCAUCUUCGGACGUAACGGUAAAAACUGAAAAAUAAACAUUUGUAAAGGAAGACGACGGUCCUUGACGUCGAAUAAUUCAGACUCCUGGUUUUCUCUCUCAUCACCAUGGACAGGAUGGAGAAGCUGCUGAAUCAGUGGUUGUGGCCGCAGGAGUUCUGGCUUCCUCCAACCAUUACGUGGCACGACAUUGAUGAAGGCACAACAGGGGGCAGUCGCCAACCUCUACCUCGAGACCUGCUUGUCGUUCUUCCUCUGGCACUGGCAUUUAUCGCUGUCCGCUUUGCUUUUGAAAGGGUGGUGGCUUUGCCUCUAAGCAGGAGGCUGGGAGUGUUUGACAGAGUGCAGGUUCGAGUACAGCCGAACCCAGAGCUGGAGGCUUUUUACCUGAAAAAGAAGAAACAAUUUACACAGCAUGAGCUCAUGGGCCUGGAGAAGCAAUGUGGUGUCCAACUGCGUCAGAUUCAGAACUGGCUCCGGCUUCGGCAUAACCAGGACAAGCCGAGCAACACUAAGAAAUUCUGCGAAGCUUCAUGGAGGUUUGCUUUCUACCUGAUUGCAUUCACAGCGGGACUCACCUUCUUAAUUAACACAUCCUGGUUUUGGGACCACCGUGAAUGCUGGCGUGGAUACCCCAAACAACCUGUAGCAGAGUCACACUACUGGUACUACAUUUUGGAGCUUAGCUUCUACUGGUCAUUGCUGCUGUGUGCCUCUGUGGAUGUCAAACGCAAGGACUUUAAGGAGCAGAUCAUUCAUCACAUUGCCACCAUUUCACUGAUUAGUUUCUCCUAUUGCGCCAACUUCAUACGGGUUGGAACAGUUGUGAUGCUGCUGCACGACUCGUCCGACUUCCUGUUGGAGUCUGCAAAGAUGUUUAACUAUGCUGGCUGGAAGAAGACGUGUGACAGUCUUUUUGUUGUUUUUUCUGUUGUUUUCCUGGGAACUCGUCUUUUUGUCUUUCCAUGCAGGGUGCUUUACUCAACUUUUAUGGAGUCACUGGAUUUCUUCAAGCCAUUCCCUGGUUAUUACCUCUUCAAUGGCCUGUUGCUUGUGCUGCAGGCACUGCACAUUUUCUGGGCUUAUCUCAUUCUACGGAUGGUCUACAAAUUUAUCUUUUUGGGCAAAGUGGAAAAGGAUGAGCGAAGUGAUGAUGAAAGUGAUGUAGAGGAGGAGGAAGAGGGCAGUAGCUUGGAAGAAGAGUGUUGCUGGGAGCAGACCAGGGAAACCCUCAACUCCAAGCUUGUCUCACUGGCUAACAACUGUGUCCUUAACAACUUGACACAUCAGAGGAGAAAUAUGAACAGCAGACUGCCCAAAGCCAGAUAGUAUUCCUCCAUUUUACUGUUGAGGCUUAUUACAUUAAAAAAAGACAUUUUAUAAACAGUUUAAGCUCUUAACUAAAGGACUCAGACUGGCAUUUUAGGAUUACUGUAUUCUUAAAAUCUUAUUAUGUAUCAUAAAAAGGUAAACAACAGCAGUCUUAUAUAAGGGAUUAUCUCCAUCCAUUACAUCUGUAGGAUAUGCAUAUUUACCACAGGUAAUCAGUUUGAUGUGUUUUCCUGUACUAAGAAGAGCUAAAAAAAUUAAUCAGUAUCAUUUAAAAACUUAUAUAUGAAGCAAGUUUAGCAAUCUUUCCAAAAGUAUUGAAAAUGUGUGCAUUUAUAAUCUUUGCACAUUUCAUGUUUUAGGAUCAGGUACACAGUAGUUUUAUUUAAGACUGAAGCAAACAUUUAUCCAUUUAUUCUCAGUACAGGAAAACUAAAAACAAAAAUGAUCCAUGAUCUUACCAUGGCACUCACAACACACAUGCAGUACAUAGAUGUUAGGGUGUGUAUUUACAUAAGCAUUUUAAGUCUGUUGGAAUUUAAAAUCCAAAGAGUAUUAAUUGAAAAGCCUGGACAUACAAAAUGCAUUACAUUCCUACCAAGAAAUAAUAUAAUUUAGAAAACAGUACAAACAAAACUUACCCAACAAAUUUAAGCUUAGCCCAGAAAGCUUUGCAUAUUAACUGUUAAGUGUUGUUUAACUGUAUGUUACACCUGAUGGGGUGUUUCAGUGUUAUUGAAAAAGGUAUUGUGUUCAACAGUUCAGUUUGACAGCAGUUAGAUGGCUUUUUCUUGUAUUUAAUUUUUUUCAGUCAAAUUUCCACAUUAGGACUCCCAAAACAGCUUCAGGCUUAUCUUCCUGAAGUAGCCUGAAUAAUCACCAUUUUACAUAUUCAUAUGUUCUUCAUUCUUUUUCAUCUAGACCCACCUAGUAAUGGACUCAGCACUGACCUGCGUGACUUAGCAGCUUCACUUUAUGAAAAAAGUGCUUUCAUAAAUUAGUGAUUUAUGAGAACUUUGUUUUCUACUAUGUGGACCUGCUUGCUCAGUUCCUUCUGCAGUAACUGCAGCUCAGAUAAAUUUUUUAGUCCAAUGGUCUGAGCAGGGUGUUCACUUUUAAACAUUUGGUCACCUUAUUAUGACCAAAACCAGGAAUAAUAGCAUUGACAGAUCAUUUGUACUGGACUGAAAAUUUAAGUAGUUUGCUUGUUUAUGUGUAUAACAAAUUUGGAAAAAGCUAGGAAAAAUCAUAGUAGAGUUUCUUUUUUUAUAGAUCAGUUUGUCCACAGCUUUCACCAGCUUUUUGAGAAGUUCAGGAUCUUUUUAAUACGUGCCCUUACCUCACUCAUUAAAGGUAUAAUUUGGUCAAUAAUGUUAAGGCUAGCAACAGUGUCCAUGCUUUUCCGGUUUUUAUUUGGUAUGGGUCAUGUUUAGCAGUUCUGACUGAACAAUGCUUUGAACACUUGUGUAUAGCUUAGAAAUUAGAUUACAAAGAGCCAUAAUAUUCUGAAAUGUAUUGAUAUGCUGGUUGGAAUGUAAUAGCCACAUGGAUUCUUGAGUUAAAGGAAGUGGUUUAUAUCAAGCUUUUCAAUAGACCUGAGCCCCUUCAGUUGCAGGUGCUUACAUGUUGUAGAGGUAAGCAAAUACAGGUUGUAUUUGUACCAUAAUCAUAAUGAAUUUUCUGCCUGUGUACUAAUGUCUGCAGGGCCUUGUACUUGUGAAAUAUUUUAAGAGUACAGUGCUGGUCUGAGGACGGUUUUGCCUUUAAUGACCUACAAACAUUUGAAGCUGGUUCUGACUCAUCAUUCUCUGAAAGACUUAGUCGUGUUCAAAAUUUAGCACCCCCUCAUUAGGUAUUAUGUUUUUUUUUUUGUGUGUAAAAACAUAAUAAAAAUCAUCUGAUUGUGUCUGGUCUAUAUACGGCCUCAUUGUGUUAACACACACCAAAGUGCCAAAUCUUAUGCUUCACCUUUUGGCAAAGUGCCAAACUUCUGCCUUUAUAGAGGUCUACACACCUGCUGAUUAUCAGUUAACUAAGGGCUGAUGAUUAGCACUACCUGGCUGCAACUUGCCCUCUUAAAUCCAAUGAACACAGUAAGGGGGUACUUAGUAUUGCCCACCUUUCUUUUUUGCUUCAUUUUUGUUAAAUAAAUAAUUGUGAAAAAACGUUGUUCAUUUGACAUUGCAUUUGCAUAAUAAUAAGAGCCACUAUGAUCAGAUGAUUAUUACAGUAUAUCUUUACACAAAGCACAGAAAACACAGAAUUAAAAAGGGGGUACUAAGUUUUAAACAUGACUGUACUGUACAUGUGCCCUUGCUCAUAACUGACUUAGAAGUUCUUUGUAAAAAAAAUUUUAUUUUUAGUUACUGCAUUGUGUAGUUUGUUGUCAUUAUGCUGCACUGAUACCUGAAAGGCAUUGAUUAUUACGUCUGUGGGAAAAAUGCAUGGCUGUAGUGCUAGUGUGCCACAGCAGGUUGUUGUACAACCUCCAGGUAUAAUCUCACUACGCAUUUUAAAAUAAAUAAAUGCAAAAGUGCUAAAACAUCUACUCCAGGUUUUUUAACAGGCUCUGAUACUAUAUUUGUUUAAAAUUGAAAACAUUUUUUGGCAUUUCAUAAUCAUCCAUCUAAACUUUAAAUGAAAACUGUAAAAUUACAUGUAGAUGCCCUGAUGAAAGCUGCAGCAUGGUAUUAUUAU